AUGAUGGAAUCAACAAAAACAACAGCAACAACAAAUAAUGUUUUUAAUAAUUUAAUGGUAAUAGAUGUAAUGAUACCAUAUUUAGAGUUUAUGAGUACAAAAGAUUUGAUUUCAUUUACUACAACAUGUAAAGCAAAUUAUAAAUGGAGAAGUAGGAUUACAUUCCCGACGGCACCGAUUAGAGCAUUACAAAGAUACAAUCAAGAGAAUAGAGUACACCAACUACCAUGUAGAUUCAAAGAAUUGGUGGUUACGGGUAAAGAGAUUGCUCAACAGACUGGGAUACUACCCAAAUCAAUCAUUGAACAUUCAACACAUGCAAUAUUCUUUAGCAACGAUAUCAAUCGAUGUCUAUCGUUUAUUCCUCGUAGUAUUAGUAAUUUGACAACACUCUAUUUGGACAAUGCAUCGUCGUUUUCAUUCACAUCGAUCUAUCCCACCAUACUGUCGCUUACACUAAGACAGUUCUAUGGAACCGUCGCAGAAGGGCAUUUACCACCCAAUCUGACUUAUCUCGAUAUUUCAGGAGGCAUCAUAAACACUCUAGAGGUUGGUAUACUUCCAUCGACACUAGAAACACUCAUCCUACAGAUGGACCGUAUUUCGGCGGGUAGCAAACCUAUUCAAGAACACGCACUCCCUCUAUCACUGCGUCACCUUUCAUUGUAUCUAUACAAUCAUCCUCUAACAAAGGAUGUUCUUCCACCGGCCUUGGAAACCUUUACAUUCCAAUCAUCCAAAUAUGGUUAUGACAUGAUUCUCCCCAAAUCAAUCAAAACAUUGGCCAUUGAUGCACAGGUUCGAUUCAUUUCUAGCACUAUUCCACCAUCGGUCAAGAAAUUAAAGCUCGAACCUGGAUCGGUUGCUAGUGGUGGGCAUUCAAUGCCGGUAGACUUUAUCCCCUCGUCAGUGGAAACCCUCAGCUUCACUUGGCCAAAUUUGGGUUCUCCAAUGCCCACCAUCCCCCUCUCUGUUAGACACCUCGAGUUGUGCGGCAAAUUUGAAAACAAGACUCUAGACUACUUGAUCCCAGAAUCAGUCACCCACCUAAAGAUCAACACUGAAUCUUUUUUACUCAUCCCAGUGAGUGUAACACAUAUAGAGUUUGGUGAUACGUUGGGUACAUGUAAAUACGUUCCCAAUUGGUUACCCAACACUGUCACUCAUAUCAAAUUUGGUCUCUACCAAAGAUUUGACAGUCUUGCCUUUUUACCAAAAUCAUUGACUCAUUUGGAUUUAGGUGGAUACUCAGAGGAAGAGGAGGUGCAAGUGAAAAAGGAACAAGAAAAAAAACCAACUCCCAAGAGAGUUCUUGGCAUAUUUACAACUACACCAAAACCUUCACCUCCUAUUGGACCAAACUUUAAAGAUAUUGUACCAAAUCUAAAAUAUUUAGUAUUUCGUCGUUAUAUUCCUCAAUUGCUAGAUCGAGAUCCCAAACAUCCAGAUUUGAGUGGUCUACCACUAUCAUGUACUCAUAUCUGUUUUGAUGGUUAUUCUAGCUAUCAAGAAUUCUCAGACAAAACAAUACUACCAAAGAAUUUACAACAAAUAGAAUUUGGACUUUGUUUUAAUCGACCAAUCCUACCAGGCAUCAUUCCACCAACAAUCAAAAAAAUAUGUCUUUUACCAAAUUGUCAAACUACUUUGGCUUCAAUCAAACAAUUACAUUAUUCAAAAACAAAUCCAUCUCCAUUCCCAAAUUUAAAUAAUAAUAUUAUUUAUUUACCUCCUUUUCCUCCAAAUCAUUGGUAA